GCUUGAAUCAGCUCGCCCCAAGUCGUCGCCGCGUGUGUUUUCGCGCGCGUGGUGGUGGUUGUGCAGUGUAAAACCAGAGGAAAACCAUUGGAAAUAACAACAAGUGUGUGUUUGGGCGGCUAGCCGUUGUGAGAUUUCGUUGUUGUUGUUGUUGUUCAGACCAUGUGUAAAAGUGGAAGUGCAUGACCUAGCUUCGUUCGUUCGAUCUUCGUGCGGUGUUUAUUUGUGUGAGGCGCACACGAUCUUCAAAAGAAAUCGACGAUCACCGGGUUUGACUGUGUGGACUAUUUCGGUUCACACAUUCAGUGUUUGGCUGUGAAGCGGCUGGAAGUUUUAUUUUAAAAUAAUAAUAAAGGUUGUCAUUGAAGACAAGACAAGUGCGAGGUGACGUGCAAAGAUCGCGAUUCGCCGUGAGUUCCGGAAUCUGGUUAUUUUUGCUGAGCGGUUGUGCCAUACGUGCUAAAAGCACGAAAAAGUUCGCCGGCGUGUGAUUUUCGCAUAACUCAGCAGGACCCGUAAGGCAGCAUCCAAGCACAGGCAUCAAUCAUUAUUCCUUCAGGACGAACCAGCAGCAGCACCAGCUGAAAGCUGAACAAUGGAGCUUUCGCGAAUAAAAGUACUCUACGGUGGAUUAAUACUCCAGCUGCUCUUCACGAUUGCCGUGCCGUUGCCGUACAACAAAUAUGGCCGCCAGUGCAGCGACAUCGGCUGUCUGUCCAGUCAGGUGUGCGUGAUGGCGUACGACUCGUGCUCCCUGAGCCAGCGCGAAGGCAACGACUGUGGCCGCUACCCGACGUGCAAGAAGAACACCGAAGCCGGACUUGCCGCAGGUCCCAGUGACUCUAACACCGACCUGUACAGUAACACUCCGGACCGUCCCAAGCCGGGAGCGUCGGCGCCGUCGGACGAUGAUGUCCUCGCCAGUCUCGGUCUGAACCCCUCCCAACCCAUCCCCAACAACCGUCCCUCUGGUAACAACAACGGUGGCCACAACCCGUACCAGAAUCCUUACCCCACGCUCCCGCCCCGACAGCCCGCACAACCCGCCCAGCCCCAAUAUCCCGGAGGAGGAAGCAACUAUUACGGCGGUGGUGGUGGUGGUACUGGUGGUUCCUCGCACUACGGAGGCAAUCGCGGUCAAUUUGACGGCGCUGGUGGAAAUAUUGUGGUGCCCAGCCCGAAACCUCCGACGCCAGCUGGCGGCGGUGGCGGUGGCUUCUUCAGCGGUAUCUUCGGUGGAAUUCAGAACGCCGUGUCGAACGCGGUCAAGCAGCAAGUUGGAACGUACAUCAACCAGCGGCUCGGAAUUGGUCCGGCGGCCGGUGGACAGGCCGGCGGUGCCGGAGGACUUGGUGGCCUGCUGGACGCGCGCAACUUUAUCGACCAGAAAAAGUUCGGUGGACUGUUUGCGGAGAAACCGGCGGCGGGAAAUUCGGGUAGCUCGGGAUCGUCGUCGGGUACUUCCGGUGGAAAUCCGUACCCGGUGACGGUGGACCAGCGACCGAUUCAGAGCGUUGUUGGCCAGCAGCAGUACGCUAGCAGAUCGUCUGAACAAUCGUCCCAAUAUGGUCAACGGAAGCCCCAACAGCAGGGAACUCCGGCUCCGUACGGAUGGAAGCUGGAUUAGGUGAAGAAAAAAGAAGAAGAAAUGAAUGAUAUUAACACCACUAAUGAUACUCCACAAACUGGAAUGAUCCAUCACACAAAGCAAAUGAUGCAAAUUAAAAUAAAUAUAUUUCUUUUUUAUUACUAACCCGUAGGUUUAGUUCAAUCAAUAUCCUUCCCAAGAUUUGUUAUUUUUGGUAUCUAAUAAAUUAACAUUGACAUA